CAAAUACUUUCCUCUUCCUCCCUUUUAUUAUAAUAUUGUUUCUUACAUAAAAUACAUCUUCUCCUUACUGUCUGUAGAUCCUAUAUUAAUAUUUCAUUUUCUCUCUUUUUUUUUAGACUUCCUCUUUGUUUUCCUUUUCUUACUUACUUACUUUAAUGACUAUAACGAAUAAAAACUUAUUAGAAGGAGAUAAAACGAAACGUAAAAGACUUAAGGUAGUCAGUGCUUGUUUAGAGUGUCGUAGAAAAAAGACAAAAUGUAACGGUGAAAAGCCUUGUGUUGGUUGCAUUAAAGCUCGUAUGGAUUGUAAAUAUAUCAGUAAUAAUUUGUUAAAACAACCACUACCGCAAUCAAUUCAGCCAACACCCAACAAUGACUCAAGUUCAAUUGAAUUAAUCGAAAAACGCUUAGGCAUCAUUGAAAACGUCUUGAGGUCUUUAAUUACAACCAACAAUUAUACACUGCCAACUUCCGAUCAUUUUCCUAUUACCUCUCCUUCACAUCUUCCACCUUCUGAAAACAUGUUCAGAACACGAGGAAAAAGACAACGACAUGAAUGUGUCACAACAGAUAUGACUCUACAUCAUCAUGGGUAUUCACAGCAAAAUAAACUUGCGCCUAUUAAAAUCGAACAGCAUCGUAUUUCAACUAUUAAAAAUUUAUUAAAUAAUGAUGAUGAACAAGAAGAUAUAAAAGGGAAAUACUCAUGGUGUUCUUCUUCUUUGGAAUCCUAAUAAUAAUUUUUUUUAAAAAAAAAAAAUAGUCAUCCUUCAGCAUUCUAUUAAAUUCAUUUACAAUCGA